UAUAAAGUAUAAACAUUGACGUAAAUUUAAUUUCAACUAACAAAUUAUUUUAAUAAAUCAAUAUUAUCAAAAAAGAAAAUUCCAGUGUAAUUAAAGCAGAUAAUAAUCACGUAAAAAAUAUCCAAUAUUCUAAAAAGUAGCAUCCAACAUUCUACGGCGUGAAGAAUUCGACAACUAAUCGAUAAGAAAGGGCAGGAAAAGACCUUUCUUUAGCCGAUAUUUUACAUAGUUAAGUGGAAUGUUUACGGCCGCUAAGCAACCUUAUUGAUCCAAUAUUCUAUCUAAAACCACAAGUUAGAAGACCACAAGAACUGGAAUAAAAGUAACUUGAAAUUGGCGCAUUGGAAUAAAGUAGCUUGGAAUUAAGUAUUUAAAAUAAAAGGAGUAAAAGUGUAGUGUUAAAGAAUCAGUAUGUCGUCACCAACGGAUGAUAUGGAGAUGGAAAAGAUCGCUGAAGAUGAACUGUCAAAGCUUCAGAGACAGUUCAGGGUGAUGGAAAUAGACCGUGCGACGGUGAUGAGCAGCGUCCAGCCAACCCUCAGGAUGCAGAAGAACAUCAUCAACACCCUCAAUGGAGAGCUGGAGAAAAUCAUGCUCGAGCUGAAGUUUACAAAAAGCACGUCGAAUCUUCUAGAAAGUGCUAGGACGCGCGAGAAGUUGAUAGUCCUUCUGAAGGACCACGAGGCGUACUCCGCUGAGGUGAAAGAGCAUCGAGGAAUCAUCAACGAAUUAAAUUUUUUACUGACACAAGUUCAAAAAGAAAUUAAGAAUUUGAAAUCUAAAGGAUCUGGGACCGAAAAGGCAUACGCAAACACUCUUACCAACCAGACGGUGAUCACCCAGCUUGAAAACCGACUGGAUACCGCGAUGAAGAAAUUCAACACGGUGAACAGCGAAAACUACAAGAUGCGGCUCGAGAUAGACCGGCUGCUGAGGGACCGCCAAUUCUUCAACGGCAUCUGGAAGAACCAGAUAAAGCGGCUGAUGGACGGCAAGGCACAGAUCCUGGAGCUGGUGGAACAGGCCAUCACCACGUACGAUCAGCGGGAGGAGUGGUGCGCCAAGCUUGAAGCGCUGAAGGAGAAA